GAAGUGGAGUUACCUGACCACCAUGCUCAGUCUCAAGCUGCCUCAACUUCUUCGAGUCCACCAGGUUCCCCGGGUGUUUUGGGAAGACAGCAUCUUGUCUGGCUACCGACACCCCACAAGCUCGGCCUUAGACUGUGUCCUCAGCUCCUUCCAGAUGACCAAUGAGACGGUCAACAUCUGGACUCACUUCCUGCCCACCUGGUACUUUCUGUGGCGCCUCCUGGCGUUGGGCAGCCCGGGCUUCCGCGCCGAGCCGUACCACCUGCCGUUGUUGGUCUUCCUACUGCCCGCCUGCCUCUACCCCUUCGCGUCCUGCUGCGCGCACACCUUCAGCUCCAUGUCGCCCCGCGCACGCCACAUCUGCUACUUCCUGGACUACGGGGCGCUCAGCCUCUACAGCCUGGGUGAGCUGAGGGCAGUGGGUGAUGGUGGCGCAGAGGGUGAGCCCGCAGGCCUCAGCUCGCACCUCGCCGCAGGCUGCGCCUUCCCCUACGCCGCCUACUCCAUGCCGGCCUCCUGGCUGCACGGCCGCCUGCACCAGUUCUUCGUGCCCGCCGCUGCGUUCAACUCCUUCCUGUGCACCGGUCUCUCCUGCUACUCGCGGUUCCCAGAGCUAGACCAGCCCAGGUUCAGCAAGGCUCUGCGCACAGCCGCCUUUGUCUACCCCUUCCUGUUUGACAACCUCCCGCUGUUCUACAGGCUGCAGCUGUGUUGGGGCAGGGCCCACAGCUGUGGGCAGGAGGCACUGAGCUCCAGCCACGCCUACCACCUCCUCUGUGCUCUGCUCACGGGCUUCCUUUUCGCAGCCCGUCUGCCAGAGCGCCUGGCACCUGGGCGCUUCGACUAUAUUGGCCACAGCCACCAGCUGUUCCAUAUCUGUGCAGUGCUGGGCACCCAUUUCCAGCUGGAGGCAGUGCUGGUUGAUAUGGGAUCCCGCAGAGCCUGGCUGGCCAUGCAAGAACCCACCCUUGGUCUGGAGGCUACCAUGGCCACAUUGAGCCUGGCAGUGAUUGGGAACCUGCUCAUCAUCGCUGCCUUCACAGCCUCUCUGCUUCGGAUCCCUGGAACCUGUCCCCUGCUGCAGGGUAACCCGCUAGGAGCGGGACUCCAGGCUAAACAAGAGUGAGGCCCAUCUCCGGGACUGGCGUGGAGGGAGGCAGAGGCCAGGCCUCACUGCUGUGGAGGGGCCCUGACAGGGGCCUGAGAAGGCAGAGGCUGUUCUGAACGGAGUGGCUGAAGAGAAGAGGAAGUCUAGGGGGCUGGUGGAAGGACAGGACCCUAGAGGCAAGUAGUGAAGGCCAGUAAGUGGAGACAGGUACCCAGGCCCGAGCAGAGCUGGAGGUGUGGGGCCCCUCAUGUGGCCUCUGCCCUGAAAUCUGCUCCCCUCAGGUCAUCCUGAGUGCUUGUGAGCCAUGUGGACCACAUACCUGCCCUGCCCCAGGGCCAGACGGUGGCCCUGUCAGCAACUGUGUCCACACACGAGCUGCCUGUCUGCU